AGUUAUUCAACAGAGACGCCUGCUGAACUCAGCCAGCAGCAAGAAACCAAACAGGCUCACCAGGGUGGAAACGUCUUCUUUCCCUCCGCCAUGCUGACCAACUCCUCUUCCAGCACCUUCUGCUCCUUCAACGCCUCCCUCCAUCCUGUCACCUUCUCUUGCUUCAGCGACAUCAACCAUGUCAUCCAUUACUACUGCUACACCCUCACCAACCUCCUCAUCCUCCCUCUGCACCUCUUCAUCUUCUGGAUGGGUUUCCAGAGAUGGCGCUCCACCAGGCCGGCUGCAGGACAGAACAGCCACACGGACGUCUUCACCUACUGGAUGGGUGCAGCAGAGACCCUCUCUUCUUUUGGGUUUUUAUCUUUCAGUUUUGGCGUUGGAACCUGCAGACCAGCCAUCAUGGUGUUUGGUUAUCACCUUAUCUCCUUUACUGCUCCUGCACAGACUGUGUUUCACUGUCUGACCUGCAUAGAGCGCUAUCUGGCUGUGGUUCACCCCAUUAUCUACAUGAAGCUGAAGAAGUCACAGGGAACCAGAGUCAGAAACGUCUGCAUUGCUGUUGGCUGUCUGCUGAGCUUCGUGAUGUUUGCUUUGGUUCCCGUGUUUUACCCUCACUUCCCCACCACAGUGUACUUCUCCAUCUUUGCCUUCAUCAUCAUGACUAUGAGUUUCUGCAGCCUGGCUGUCUUCUGUGUCCUGAUCACGCCGGGAAUGAAGACGGAUCAGACAAAAUGGAGGGCGUUCCACACCGUCCUGGCUAUAACCGCCGCGCUGGUGCUGAGGAUUUCUGGGCAGAGCGCAUCCAUGGCCAUUCUGCACCAAAACCACAGAGUAGAAAAUCACUGUGCAAUCUUCCUAACCGGGUUCUGGUUCUGUUUGCCAAGCAGUCUGGUUCUACCGCUGCUGUUUCUGCACAGGAAUGGGAAGCUAACCUGUCAGAAAUGAAACGUCAGACCUGGAGUCACGUCUCAAGAAACUAAUUACUGGAAUCUGAGUUAUUGCUGUACAAUUAUGCAUGAACAUAGAAACACUAUCAGGUUUGUCUGUAACAGAUGAUUAAGUAAAGAUUAAAAUGCAGAUGAAUGGAAGAUGAAUCCUACUUUACUAAUAAAAUGUUAGUGGUCAGAAGUGAGAGGUGGAUAAAUGCUGGACUGAAACAGCCUAUGUUUUGUGUUUAGUAUUUUUCUUUUAAAAUAAAG